AUGGGCCUAAAUAUCAAAAUGUUCGGGGUGUUGAGUGUAGGGCUAUUAUCGUUACUUCUAAGUCACCACACGGAUGCAGCAGCCGUAAUAUCUAUUGAUUUCGGUUCAGAAUGGAUGAAGAUAGGCAUCGUGUCUCCUGGUGUUCCAAUGGAAAUAGUGUUAAAUAAGGAGUCUAAAAGGAAGACGCCUGCUGUCGUAGCGUUCAGGGAUGACGUUAGAACUUUCGGAGAAGACGCUGUCACGGUUGGCGUCAGAUUCCCGAAAAAUUCAUACAAAUAUCUAUUGGAUUUACUUGGAAAACCAUAUGAUCACCCUAUGGUCCAAGCCUACAGAACUCGCUACCCUUAUUAUGAAAUAGUAGAAUCAGAGAGGGGCACACCUGUGUUCAUCCAUGAUGAAAAUACAAAGUUCACUCCUGAGGAGCUUGUUGCUCAACUUUUUGCUAAGGCAAAAGACUUUUCAGAAAUCAGCCACGGUCAACCAAUCACAGAAUGUGUAAUCACGGUACCUGGUUACUUCAAUCAAGCUGAGCGCCGUGCCGUGAAGGAUGCUGCUGCCCUUGCUGGCUUGAAUGUGUUACAAUUAAUCAAUGACUACACUGCUAUUGCCAUCAACUAUGGAAUAUUUAGAAGAAAGGAAAUCAAUGAAACUGCAUGGCAUGCGCUGUUCUUUGACAUGGGUGCCGCUUCCACCAAGGCUGCAUUGGUUGAAUACAAGACAGUGAAGAUAAAGGACAAAGGCUAUGUCGAGACUGUACCUCAGCUGCAGGUGUUGGGUGUUGGUUAUGACAGAACGUUAGGAGGCCACGAAAUGACCCUUCGACUCCGCGAACACCUUAUCAAGGCUUGGGAAGCCAACGGCGGGGGUGACGUUAGAGUUUCACCGCGCGCCAUGGAGAAACUGCUCAGAGAAGCGGAGAGAUUGAAGAUCGUGCUGUCCGCUAACACCGAGCAUUACGCUCAGAUCGAGAGCUUGCUCGACGACAAGGACUUCAAGCAGCUGGUGACGCGCGUCGAAUUCGAAGAGCUGUGCGCCGACUUGUGGGGGCGCGUGUCGGGCGUGGUGCAGCGCGCCAUCGCGGCGGGCGGCGGCGCGGGGUCGGGCGCGCGCCUCAUCGUGGCCGGCGGCGCCUCGCGCGUGCCCGCCGCGCUGCACGCGCUCAAGGACGCCGUGGGCCACGAGCCCUCCAGGUCCAUCAACGCCGACGAGGCCGCCACUAUGGGAGCCGUCUACAGGGCAGCAUCGUUAGCCACUGGUUACAAAGUAGCAGCUUUAAAUGUUCGCGACGCUGUGUUGUUGCCCAUACAAGUGACUUUCACUAGACACGUAGACGGAAACGACAAAUUAAUUAGGCGAACUCUAUUUGGGCCCAUGAAUCCCUAUCCACAAAAGAAGGUAAUCACUUUCAACAAGCACAUGGACGACUUCGAUUUUCAUGUGAAUUAUGCAGAAUUAGAACAUAUUCCUUCCAAUGAGCUUCAAUAUGUGGGCUCAUUGAACCUUUCCCAGGUCGUUUUAAGUGGCGUAGGCGCUGCUUUAGCUAAACACACAGCCGAUAACAUCGAACACAAAGGCAUCAAAGCACAUUUCAACAUGGAUGAUUCUGGUAUACUCAAUUUAGUUAAUGUAGAAUUUGUAGCAGAAAAAACCGUCACGGAAGAAGAUGAUGACAAAGACAGCACUUUAUCCAAAAUAGGAAACACAAUUAGCAAACUGUUUGGUUCAGAUUCAGAAACGCCAGAAAAACUUGAUGAAAAAGCAGAAGAGAAACUUCAAGAGGGUGAAGCUAAAAAUGAUACUAAGAAAGCCAAUGAAACAGUUAGUGAGAAACAAAAUGCCACUGAAACUGAAAGUAAGCCUAAACCGAAAAUCGUUGUACUUAAAGAACCAAUAAAAUCUGAAGAGCAAAUUAUAAACAUGGCACCUCUGUCUGAAGAACAGUUCAAGAGUUCUAAAGCAAAGAUCGUUGAGUUAAACGCAAUCGACAAGAAGCGAGUUGAGAGAGAAACUGCUCUUAAUAAUCUUGAGGCCUUCGUAGUUGAUGCUCAAAUGAAAAUGGACAUGGAAGAGUAUGCAGAAUGUGGUACUGAAGAACAAAUUCAGGAGAUUAGAAAACUGUGUAGUGAAACAUCAGAGUGGUUGUAUGAAGAUGGUUAUGAAGCGGCUACAGAACUGUUCGAAGCAAAGCUAGCAGCUUUAAAGGACAAAACAAAUUCGAUAUUUUACAAACAUUGGGAGCAUAAUGAAAGACCUGAUGCUAUAGCUGCCAUUCGUGGCAUGUUAAAUAAUUCAAGGGAAUUCCUCAAAAUGUCAAAGAACUUCACUAAAGAGUCGAACCCAGAUAAGGACAUUUUCACUGAAGUCGAAAUAGGGGUUCUGGAGAAGAGAAUCGACGAGACAGACGAUUGGCUAAAUAAAUCUAUCGAAGAACAGAACGCUUUAAAGAAGAACGAAGAUCUUAAGCUAACAGUUGAAAGUAUAAGAGAAAAAAUGGCAAACUUGGAUAGAGAAAUGAAGUAUUUGUUAAAUAAAAUGAAGAUAUGGAGGCCGAAGAAACCUUUAAAGAAGGAAACGGAAAACAAAACAGAGGAAACAGUUAUUGAACCAGAGCCUGAAAUCAAAGAAGAAAAGGUGGACACACAGGAGGAGUCCCCAGAAAAAGAAGAAUCUAAAAAUGAGAAUGAGGAAGAAAGCACAGAACCACCCCUGCAAUUGUCCGACGGCACAGAUGACGAACAUUCCGAGUUAUAA